UUAACUUCCUCUUUCGAUUUUGUUCUUGGUAGAUAAGGACGUUCCUUCAAGGAAAUAGGAGUUUAUACUUCAUGAAUAGCUUUUGUACCGUUUAAUUUACUUCCUCUUCCACUCCUGAGUCGACAUGGGCGCUCGUUUGAGAACUCAAUCACAAAUUAACGAACAGACACAACAACACACUAUGCUGAUCCAGAACGAUGAUCAUAGUAUUAGAAAUGACAAAGGAUGGUGGAAGUACAUCCGAUAUUUGAAUCCAAUUAAAUGGGCGCGUUGUAUAUGCAGGGUUUUCUCUGGCCUCUGGAGAAGACUCACAAUCAAAGAAAAGGAAAACGAAGAACUGCCCUUCCUCUUGAAUGUCUAUGGGACACGAAGAAGACUCCAAAUCAAAGAGAAGGAAAACGAAGAACUGAGGGCAGAAAAUAUUAAAUUAAGAUACGAGAAAAAUGAAGCAAUCACACGGUUAAGUCAGCUGGUUUCAGUCCAACUUCGUGACAACAACCCGAACGUAGUUGACCUGGGUGACCCCUACAGACCCACGAAGCUGGCCGAGAUGUUCAGUGAGCUAUACGACAACGAGUGGACAGCCGCAUUCAUGGAACUUGAAAAGGAGGCAUUUGAAGACAGGCACAUCAUUGAAAUUCUACUGAACGUUUUAAUGGUGAGCUAUGCCUUUUGUGCCAAAACGCUUGAAGACAACUGGGAAACUGUGUCACAGUGGUAUUUUGAUAAGAACGCUAUAACUGCCAAGCAAACGGCGAAGGCAUUAAAAGAUGGCAGGAAAGUGCUCAUUCCAAAUCACUUUGCCAAAGUACAAAAGGAAUUUUGUGAACAUCUUUUCAACAUUUGCCGCAAUGAAAAACUCAAGCAACUUCUGCAAAGGGACGCUGUAAAGAGUUACAUCGCCAAAUGUGUUCAACUGAGUCUCCUUAUGAACGCCACUGACCCUCCACUUGUCAUGAAAUGUGAGAGCGACACUGAAAAACGCACAGGGCGCGAUCUGUACAAUAAAGACAUGUUUAAAGAAUAUACAAAGCGUGGUAAAUAUUUUGACUUCUGUACUUGGCCGGUAUUAUUCCUUCAUGAAGACGGGCCAAUUUUAUCAAAAGGUGUAGCACAAGGUGUAAGCGAUCCAGAUGGAAAGGAUAUGGGCAAGGCCAAGACGUGGUUCAGAUUGAAGUUUUAAAAAAAAACAUGUAAAUUCUUUCAAAUAUAUUGGUGUCAAAUUUAUGAAAAUGAUCUGAGUGUAUUUUGUAAAUGUUAUUUCAUAUUUCUGUAUGUGUCCGUGUGAAAGUCCAAAAGGAAUUAAAAUGUAUCUUAAAGUGGUUUUAGUGAAUGUAAUUACUAAUUAGACAUUUAAGGGAUUACUAUGUAAUGAUUCAUUAUUAUCUCAAUUAAACCAACUAAAGUCAACCAUCAAACGUGUUAAGAACUGUCACUGUCUUUGAUUACGAAAGAGUGAUUGUUUUGGCAGGGCCUUUUUGGAUUGGAACUUUCUGGUAACUGGGCCUCACGCAUACAGUUAAUCACUACUAUUUUAUGAUAUGAUUGAAUGUAUCUGAAUAACAUAAGGAACUACUUAAAAUUCAACUCAUCUUUAUAUAUAUGUAUGUAUGUAUGUAUGUAUGUAUGUAUGUAUGUAUGUAUGUAUGUAUGUGUGUGUGUGUGUGUGCGUGUGUGCGUGUGUGCGUGUGUGUGUGUAUAUGUAUGUAUGUAUGUAUGUAUGUAUGUAUGUAUGCAUGUUUUCAUUAAAAAUAACUUUUCAUUUCGACACAAACAACUUUCUGUCUGUAUUGCUACUAGACUGUAUUUACACAAAGUUUUCAUGUACAAAGAAUGCCUGUAGUAUGUUACCUUAACAGCUUUAAACUAAUCUUAUCUGAUUCAGAUAAGACUAUUACAAAAAAAUAAGUUGAAGUGAUUUCCCUAAGGCUCCCUAUAGUUUCGUUUUGUAUAGGUUGUCCGAUAUAGGGAGUUAUAGAUAUUUACAAACAUAACCCUCAUCUAAAGAAAACUAUUGUGAAUACUUAUGAAUAUGUAUACCCAUUAUCACCACUUAUCUGUGAUUAUACAUAUAAGGUUAUUCACAUGUUAGUUUAAUUAAUAGAUUGCAUAUAAAAUGUUUUGAUUUACUAAACUUAUGAAGUUGA